AUUCAACUAUGAUGAAAACAAACAAAUUUAUUGAUAAUGAUAAAUUUGUUGAUAACCCAACCCGGCUUUUUUCAUGCACGUGCAACAGGAGGUACUUUUUGAACGAAUAAUCCGAUAAAUUCUGUAUUGUAAUUAGAAAGAAAUGAAAUGUCGCGACCGAGAAAAGACGCAUGUGUCAACAACAAUAUGGAAUUAUCUGAUAGUUUUUCUGAAGAGAAAUCUGAGCAGGACGUGCUUGGAACUUCCAGUGAUCAAGUUACCUCAAAGCAGAUCAAUAAUGAUGCUUCCUUAAAGAUCGAAAAUGAUGCUUAUUUGUCUGAUCAAGAAAACAACGAACCUGACGAAAUUCAAAGCAAUACUGAAGAGCAAUUUACAAAAAAUGAAGACCUAUGCGUCGCAUGUGGACAUGUCUCAGCGUACGAAUUUUUUAGUUUCCCGAUUAAUGCUAAUAUUCGACAGCAGUGGGCGAAGUUUUGUGAUAUCAAUUUAGAUAAAAUAAAACCACAUUUUCGCCUUUGUGAUGGACAUUUUAAACCCGAAGACUACCAAAUCUCGAUGCAACGUAAAGUAUUGAUGCCGACAAGUGUUCCAACUUUACAACCAAAAGUGAAACACAACUCCACGCCUUCGAUCAGUCAGAGCUUUCAAUUCGGUACCGAUGUAAUUAGUUUUUCAAUGCCAAAGUUGAAUAUGAACACAUCGCAAAAUACGAUCUGCAGCUCGGACUUAGAAAAAAACACUACCACCGCAGAUGCUCCUAAUAAACAAUUGAGCAGGAAUUUUAAAGAUAUAACAAAUAAUCAGGACACCAUUCCUCCUAAGGCAGCGAAAUCGAAGAAACACUUGAAACACGAAAAGUGUCACCUAUUAGAGAAAAAAUUACGAUCAGAAAUUUUCAGAUUGAAAAUACGAUGUUCUCGUCUCGAAGAUACUGUAGCCAACUUUGAAAAUAAAAUCAAGCAACAGGUUGAAGAGUGCUUCGUUACACGAGCAAAUACUGUCGGAAAUGUGGCGAGAGAUGUUCAAAACUCAACUUCAUCGAUUAACGCUUCUUCAGAAAAUUCGAGGCACAAUCUUUGUUAUACGGAGGAGGCACGAACUGAUCAACGUCCUGUAAAAGAUCCGCUCGUAGGAUCUGCCAAACAUUUUACCGAAGACGGUAACACUACUAAUUCGAGUACGCCUCCCCCAGAAACAUCGAUUGACGAUCUUCAGAAGAUAGAAGUAAAAUCAGAACUUACCGAAGAAGUUAUGCUCGAUGAACCUGCUGAAAAGGUUGCCGAAGAUAAUCUCAUUGUAAAUUCGACAAUUUCUCCCCCAGAAAUAUCUACCGACCCUCUUCAUAAUGCGAAGGCAAACCCUACACAAUGUUCCAUAAGAGUAGUGGACGCAGAAACUUCCAGAAAUGUGACUGAAAAUAAUCGCUGCCCUUUGACUACGUCUUCUGCAGAAAAUAAUUCGAAUAGCAGACGUUGCAGUACAGAGGAUUCACUUGAGCAACAUUUCGAAGAAGCACCUCCGGAACCGGAAUAUUCUGACGAAGAUAGUCAAUCUCCAAAUUCUACCAUUCCUUCCUCAGAAAAGUCGUUAGAGAGUCGUAAUAACGCAGAGGCGCGAGCAGGAUGCUCAAAAAAUCAAGAAACCUCCGGUCGCCGUCCGAUGCCUCGAUCUGCAAAACAGAAAAAACAUCUCCCAAGCGUAAAAAAGCCAACUCGAAACUCCAGCAAUGUUUCAAACAAGGUGAUAGUACAGAUACAGAGUUCAUUCCCCUACGGCUGCGAUAUUUGUGGUACAAUGUUUUCCUUCAAGCGUGAUUGGACAAUGCACCAGAAGCGAGAACAUUCAAAGAAACGCUACAAAUGCCGCGAUUGUGACAAACGAUUCAAGCACUACUGCAAUAAAUGGAGGCACGAACGUACGCAUGCGAAAGGAGCUUGUUUUGAGUGCGCUGAUUGCGGAACAAUGUUUUCCUAUAAAGAAAAUCUCGUUAGACACCUGAAACUCAUACAUUCUGGUGUGAAACCGUUUUCUUGCCAAACGUGUAAGAAACGUUUCUCUCAAAAACACCAUCUUACUCGGCACAAACAAACGCAAGCGCACCUUAGCAAAUCACAUAUCGUCUAAAUGUACUUAAAUUUCAGUAUUUACUUAGUAAUUCUCAGAAAAAGGUAAAAUUCGUGUACAUGGCGAAAUUCUCAAAGGUUUUAGCAUGAAAUUUUUUUUGGACCAUGCAAGGAUCACCCCCACACAUUUCAUAUGUGGUAUUGAGAUUUUUAGCCCUCCCCCCUUUCAUUGGUGUACAUCUGUACAUUCUAUUUUAUACCCAUAAUGUUCUUCGACUUGUGUGUCACACACUAUGUUUUUGAAAAUAAAUGUUAUAAAUUCUCAUGAACUUCAUUUUUUUUUUUUUGGAAAAAUUGACACGGGCUCAUUCUCAUUAAACACAAAGCUAUAUUUUUGUGCAAAUUGCAGUCUCAAUAAGUCCAUAGGAAGCUCACAUUUCACAUUUGAAAAUUGUCACACAGUUUUUGCACCAAUUUUAGAGCAAUUUUCAAUUAUUUUUGCUACCUUUCCUAUCCAACAUUUUUUUCUGGUGAGUGGCUGCACUGGUUCACUGUUCUCAUAGAAAUGUUACCCCGCAUUGUUAUUUUCAAAACCUAUGUAACAGAUCGUUCUGAUCGUAUUUAUCUGUCAAGUUUUGAUGUGUGGAAAAAAAUGUGUCCCUCGGCUUGUGUUCUUAAUUCUUAUUUACCCUAAUGAACCAAUUACCAAGAAGGCCAGAGCACUGGUUUUCUGACGUCACAUUCAUCUAUCUACCUUCCUCAAACGGAGGCGGAAGGGUGAUUUCUCAAAUUUUCAAAGGUGUAUGAUGAAAUUGAAGAGCAGAAAGAAUUAUUCAAGAAAAUGUGGUCAAAUACCUUGGUAUGCACUUUGAUAGCAGACUCACAUGGAAAGACCAUAUGAAAAAGAAGAGAAAAGAAACGUACCUACAAUAUAAAAAAAUGUAUUGAACAAUGCGAGGAAUAGCAGAGACUCCACCUAGACAACAAACUGCUUUCAUACAAAGUUAUACUCGAGCCAGUUUGGAUGUAUGGUGCUGAAAUAUGGAGCACAGCAAGCAUAAGCAACAUAUAGAAAUAAUAUAAACAGCCCAAAACAAAAUCCUCAAAAUGGCAUCAAACACUCCUCGCUACACAACCAACAAAGAUAUCCAUGCACACUGCAGUAUUCCUUAUGUAAAUGGUGUGUGUAGUCAAUGAGAUAAAAACAAGACACCUGGAGAGACUAGAAAAGCACUCAAAUAUUGAAGCAAUUACACUCAUGGACAACAACACAGUCAGGAGACAUGAAGCGCAAACACAUCUUAGAUUAGAUUGAAAAGUUAUGCAUAAGAGACCACUAGACCCCCUCCUGUCGAAAUAUUGUAAAUAAUGUUAAAAUAAAUAAUUAGGACUGAAUUUGCCGUUGUAAUUUUAGAUGUAAAUAAAAAUAAAAAAAGGAUUAUGGA